CUCUCUCUCUCUCCCAUGGUUGCUUUGUCCCCAUCUCUCCUUUGCAUUCCCUGCAGUGAGAAGUGGAAGGAAAAGGAGGAGAAGCUCAGGAGGACCAUCAAGCAAGUCCUGCCGUGUGAUGUGACCCUGGCCAACCCCUUGGAUCCUUUGGUGCUCCAGCCGGUCGACUGCGUCGUCUCCACUUACUGCCUGGAAUCGGGUUGUGACGAUGUUCCCACUUACCGUUCAGCUGUGAAGAACGUGGGCUCCUUGGUCAAACCCGGGGGACACCUCAUCUUUGCGGUGGUUUUGGAGGAAACCUACUACAUGGUUGGCCCACACAAGUUUGAUUGUCUUUACCUGACACCAGAAAUCAUCAUAGAUGCUGUGAAAGAGGCCGGCUUUGAAGUCCUGUGGUCUCAGGCCCUUGGGUUCACCUUUCCCCUGGCCAUCUGCGAUGCCAAAGACACGUUUUUCAUAGUGGCCAAGAAACCCAGUGAAUCCCAGUGAGUUAAUGGGGAAAGAACCAACGCCAACCAAAGGAACCCCAUA